CGCCAUGAACGUGACUGAAUCUAAGGAGGGAUCCUUGAUUAAAAUGUGUCCCAUGAACGAGAUGGUUUGGAAGCAGGAAUACCAAGUGGAAAAGAUUGCCUUGGCCAUGACAGCAAUAAUCCUGAACAUCCUAAGCUUUCCUGUGACGAUCCUGAUGAAUGCGCUGGUGAUAAUGGCGGUAAAGACAAGACCCAGAUUACAAAGCAAAUAUAACAUUUUGCUGGCCUGUUUGGCGGGAACGGACCUGUUAGUAGGAGCCGCUUCACAGCCGACUUUCAUUGCGGGACAGAUUUAUGUCAUGAAAGGUUUUUCUUUGACUGAAUAUUGCCGAUACCGUAAGGAAGCCAAUAUCAUUUACAUAAUUCCAAUUCUUGCAUCUCUGUAUCAUUUGACACUUAUUAGUGUGGAACGGUUUGUAGCCAUGAAGUACACCUUGCGAUAUGUGACAAUUGUCACGGGGCUUCGUUUUAAAAUAGCCGUUGUUAGUUCCUGGGUCAUGGCAUGUUGCCCAGCUAUUCUGCAAAGCCUUUCUGAAGAGUUUGAAAUCAUUAUCAGGGUAGCAAAUACUUUGUUGGGAUGUUUCAGCCUUUCGCUGCUACUUUACUGUCAUUUUUCGGUUUACUUUGUAACUCGCCGUCACGAGGAACGAAUCAAAUGUGAACAAGUUUCACCACAAGCCGCUGCUGACUUUGCAAAGCAAAAGAAAGCUCUGAAAACUACCAGGAUAAUUACAAUGACUUUGCUUGUGUGUUUUUUGCCGGCGAAUGUGCAUUAUUUCUUUUUGCCCAUCUAUUUUAAGAGCAGUAGUUACAUUGUAAACGUAAUAGUUUUGUCCCAGCCCGUUCUCGUAUCGGUUCUCUGGUUUAAUUCUCUGUGCAAUCCGAUCAUAUAUUGCUAUAGAAAUAAGAAGUUUCGAAAGACAUGUAAAGAGCUACUUAAAAUGAAGUGCACAAACUUUAAGGAGGAAUAA